AUGCAUUUGUCAUUGUUAAGGGAGGAAAAAGAACUCAGGCAAACUGUUUUUGCUCACUUUAAGGUGGAAGACGUGGUGGUGACGGUCCCCUUCCCCAAGCAAGUGUUGAAUGUAAAUCUUACUCCUUCAGUUGGAACAUGUUCCUUUGAUCCAGUCAAGAAAGAGCUUAUCUGGGAUAUUGGUAAAAUAAUACCACAAAAGUUACCAAAUUUGAGAGGAAAUGUAAGUGCAACUUUGAACACUUUUUUGUAAGUUUAGUUGCCAAGUUCGUCAGUAGUGUAGUACAGGAAUGUUUCCUUGUGAAUCUUACAUCAGAUUAUCUGUCAUGACAAAUACAGGAAACAAAAGUAAAUGUCGAUACAAUAUGAGGGACUGCGUCGAAGUACACUUGUGGAAAUAGCUUGUUUAUGGCAGAUGAAGAAACCACACCAGCCAAACUAAGUCUGUUGACUACAUUAAGAUUACUGGAACAUAGCAAUAUUCGACAUGAA